CGCGAGACUAAUUCACUACAGCCUGAGUCUACAGUUAGUUACAGGUAUUUCUCUGUAGUCUCCUUUCUUCCUCCUACAGCUGACCUUGUCUAUUAGUUAAAGAUUAAAACCAUGUCUAGUGAAAAUGAAGAGAAGACUCCAAUAGUCCAAUCAGUAGAGUCUCCCCCUCUACUAGAAGAUAUCAAAGAGGAAGGUGGAGGGAGAGAGGGAGAACAUGAGCUGAUGUCCGAGGGUAGUCCAGGGGGCGAUUCAUCAGUUGUUGCAUCCCCUGGUAGUGUUUUGGAAGGAGAGAAUCAUCUAUUAAAGAUGCUUGAGGAGCAGAAUAGGAUGUUGGAAUCUGAUUCUCGAUAUCAUCAAAACAUAAAUGGCUCACCAACCAAACCGUGUGUUGGAGAGUUGGAGCAGAAGGAGAGUGGAGGAGGGAAAAAGGACAAGAAAGAGAAAGAGAAGAAGAAGGAGAAGGAGACUGAAAAGGCUAAAGACAAAAAGGAGAAAGAGCCCGAGAAGAUGAAGGAGAGUAAAGAAGAGAAGAAGGAGAGGAAAGAGGCGGAGAGGAAGGAGAGAAAAGCCGAGAAAAAAGAAAGAAAAGAAUCUCUUAGAAAAGAGAAGAAGGAUUACGAGAAAAAAGAUAAGAAAGAUAAAAAGUCGACUGAGAGCGAGAGAGAGAAGUCGCCGGGUUCAGCAGCAGCUACUCCUGUUGAGGUGACUCCUUCAAUAACUUCAACUGAAGACAGACACUCUAUUUCUGACUCUGGAUCAGAGAUUAACUCUGUGACGUCUCGUUCGAAUGAAGACGAAAGAAUAUUAAUAGUUUGGAGUGACGUCAUGAAGAACUGGGAAGAAAUAUCUAGAAAGAACUUUAAAUUUAUUCGGUCACUCGUUUUACGAGGGAUCCCUGGGCCAAUGAGAGGGAUGGCAUGGCAGCUGCUAGCAGGAGCACAAACCAUGACACUAAAGACACAAUACCCUUCACUAAUAACAGAGAAUUCUCCUUUUGAGAAACCAAUACAAAGAGACCUGGCAUUAGCAUAUUCUGUUUAUGACCCGGAGGUGGGCUAUUGUCAAGGGAGCUUGUUUAUUGCUGGAAUACUAUUAAUGAAUAUGCCUGAAGAGGAAGCAUUCUGUGUCUUCACUCACAUGAUGAGUCACCACAAACUGAGAGAGCUCUACAAACCAACCAUGGCCGACCUGUCAGUCCGGUUUUACCAGCUAGAGAACCUGGUUGAAGAAUUAUUUCCAAGAUUGGAUAUUCAUUUCAGAGCACUAGGUUUCCAUACUUCAAUGUACUCCAGCUCCUGGUUCCUGACCCUCUUUGCCUCUACUCUUCCUUUGUGUGCUGCUUUUAGAGUACUAGACAUAUUCCUCAUAGACGGGAUUGAGAUUAUAUUCCGUGUUGGUCUGGCACUCCUGGAGAGAAGUCAAAAUGAACUCUUGAAGCUAGACAUGGAAGACAUGACCAAACAUUUUCAAAAAGAAAUGAAAUCUCUAUCGGAGGAAGACUGUGACACUCUUUUUGAAGCUGCCUUCAGAGUUAAAGUAUCUUCAAAGAAACUGAAAAAGAUGGAGAAAGAGUACAAUCAAAGGAAGGAAAGGCAACAAGUCGAAAAUUCGGAAUUAAUUAGACUCCAAGACGACAAUUGCGAGUUGGAAAAACGAGUUUUAGCUCUAGAGAAGGAAUGUGCAGGUUUGGCUGAUCGUCUAAUACAAGGGCAAGUGACCAGAGCCCAGGAGUACGAGGAGAUGUAUGGAGUUAGAAGAGAACUGACUACUUUAAGAAAGAAAGUGGCCUCCUUUGAGAAGAAGGAGAAAUCACAAAGCAACCACAAAUCUCGGUCUAACACUCCUGAAGUUCAUCCAACGAAAUACUUGUCUCCAUUACCUUCUUCAAUGGAUUUCAGGGACAGAAGUACGUCUGCUCCGUCGCUAAGAGACACUCCUCAAUCAGCCUCCACCUCCUCACUGGUUUCAAUUGAAGAAGGAACCAAAGAACAGAGCUCACAGGUAUCGGCAACUGCUGAGGAAGAAACUCCAACACCACUCCCAGAAACCUCACCUGCAGACCCUCCCCCUCCUCACUCCCCCUCUCUUGAUGUAGAGACCCUCCUACGGGAACUGGCUAUUGUUAAGAUUGAGCGUGCCGAGUGUGCUGAUCUAUUAGAGAGGAAGGCACUGGAGCUGAGGAAACUGAAUAAGAAAUUCUCUGAUACUGAAAAGGAAUUGAAGGAAGCACACGAGAAAAUAGCUCAACUCCAACGAGAGAAGAUUUGCCCCAAGUGUGGCUCCAAUGCUGAAUCUAUUGAUGGAGUAGCCUCAUCAGUCAACAGUGAAUCAAGCAAGCAAGCAGUCGCCAUAGCCACCAUAGAUGACCUUGAACUACAGUUCAACGAGCUUUUAUCUAAUUUAGAGAAUGUGAUACAGACGCCAUUAGAGUACGAAUCAAAAGAAAAGGAGAAAGAGGAGGAGGAGGAGGAGGGAGAGGAAGAACAGUUGGACAAUAGUGCCAGCGUUGGUGGGAGUGAGACUUAAUUGGCUGAUCGUAUUUUUAGUUUUUAACUUUUCAUUGUUUGAAUAAUGCUGUAUCAUAAUCACGUUCGUACAUGUACAUGUGUAUAUUAAUCUCUUUAUGUCUCUUCUUUAGCUUUUUUUUAUUAUUUAUUGUAUGCUCCUUUUGGCAA